UCUAAACACAACUACCAUUCUACAUGUAGGACAUGUUGUGAGUUUGAUACAUAACGACCUUAUCAUCAGAAUGAACUCCAAACAAAUCACCUAUCGUCAAUUUGAAGACAAAGAACAUGCACAACUGUAUGCAAAGUACAGACCAUCUUAUCCUAAGGAAUUAUACGACAAAAUAAGAAUGUUUUGCCGGCAAUCGGACGGCAACGAAUUGGCUUUAGCUAUUGACGUUGGCUGUGGAAGCGGACAGAGUACUCUCCCUUUGACCAACAUAUGUAACCAUGUUAUUGGGAUAGAUGUCAGCAGAGAGCAAAUAGCAGAAGCUAGAAAGGCCGCAAGUGUUAUUGACUUCAGAGUCGGUCAAGCCGAGGAUCUGAGUUUCCUCGGAGAUGGAACUGUAGACCUCGUGACUACAGCUACAGCCAUUCAUUGGAUGGACAUACCUACAUUUAUGGGGGAGGUGAGCCGGGUGCUGCGACCGGGAGGUGUAGUAGCUGUGUAUUCAAUCGGCACUGAUACCAUACACAACAAAGAAGCACACCAGCUUGUAUGGGAGGAUUUAUAUACCAAGACUUUGGGGGACUAUUGGAUUGACACAAAAUUCCAUAUCGACAAUGGCUUAGCUAUGAUAGAGCUCCCUUUUGCGGAUUCAAUCAGAGAGGAGCCUUUAUUGAUUAAGCGAGAAGUUGAGAUAGAUUCCUACGUUGGCCUGUUCAGUACAUGGUCGUCAUGGCGACGGUUCCAAGAGAAGAAUCCAGAGUCAAAUGCGUUAGGAGAGUUGAGGACAAGAUUAAGGACACUGUAUAGAGACGAAAAGUCCGGUGAGGUCCGUCCGAUUGACCUCACUACACCGAUCUAUAUGCUGCUGGGAAGGAAAUAAUCAAAUAUAAUGCCGGACAAAUUUGUAUUUUUAACUUGUCUGGUUUAACAUUUUAAAUUGGAUAUAUUGAUUGUUAGAGACACACGCAUCUAUAUGAAUAUUUAUAUGAUAUAAAUGUAGUUAUACCUAUUAUUUAGUAUCGCCAUGUUAAAGAGUAGAUAAAAACAUUCGGGAAAGUAUGUACAUUGUAAACUUGAUUAUUAUUUUGUUAAUAACAUUUUGGAAAUAAACAUUUCUA